AACAUUGAAAGACGUACUCCACCAAAUAGAAAAGAAAAGGGGUAAAGUGAUGGAAGCCAAAAAAAGCGGGCAGCAGGCAAAGCGACACGCAAGCCCCAUUUGGGCAACGGGCAGUACCAAACGCUGUAUUUCUUCGCCGUUUUUCUUUUUUGAAACCAAACAAAUGAAAACAAACCAUUGAAAAUUAUGUCAAUUAUUCAUUUGACGAACCGAACCUGAGGCUCGGUGUGUGUAAAGGUCAGGUUCAGAGUUCACGAAUCUGCCCUCGCUUUCGAAAAAAGCCAACCCAAGCCAACCAUCCAAAAUAAUGGAACCCAAAUCAAGAGAGAGAAAGAGAGAGACUGAAACCAUUCUAGAGCGAGAAAGUGGAGUGAGAUAGAUAGAGAGAAAGAGAGGGGUUUUGAGGAGAGAGAAAGGGGGUGACUGACUGAUGAUGGGUCAGAUCGUGAGGAGGAAGAAGAAAGGGCGUCCAUCGAAGGCAGAUCUAGCGGCUAGGAGGUCCGGCGAGUCGCCGGCGGCAGCGACGGAAGCUGACGUCCGGCGGAGUCACCGGCGCCGGAAUGUGAGGUAUAACAUCGAUUUUGAUGAUUAUCUGGAUGAGGACGAGGAGUUGGAGGACGAUGAGGACGAGGGCGAAGGUGAAAACGAGAGGAGGAGAGAGAAGAAGCUAAAGCUGGUCGUGAAGCUCAACCAAGGCAGAGACGAAGGCUCCGAUUCCCGUGGAGGACAACACGCGCUGGACGAGACUGCCUCCGAUGAUGACGAGGACGAUGAGAGGAAGCGGAAGAAGAGGCGGAUUAGCAGUGGCCGCGAAGACGAAGUGGUGGUUGAUGAUAACGACGAUGACGAUGGGGGCGGUGAUGAUGAAGAAGAAGAAGAGGCAAGGAGUCGAAAAGUGGACUCAAAGAGGCUUGAUUCGGUUCCCGGGACGCCAUCAGAUCCUCAGUCUGGAAUUCCAUUUCCCGAGAAGAAAACAUUGGAGUUGAUUCUUGAUAAACUUCAAAAGAAAGACACUUACGGUGUGUAUGCAGAACCAGUUGAUCUUGAUGAGCUGCCUGACUAUCUUGAUGUGAUUGAUCAUCCAAUGGACUUCGCCACAGUAAGGAAGAACUUAGCGAAUGGGUCAUAUUCUACUUUCGAGCAAUUUGAGAGUGAUAUCUUCUUGAUAUGCUCAAAUGCAAUGCAAUACAAUUCUCCGGAAACUAUAUACCACAAACAGGCACGCACUAUACAAGAGCUAGCAAAGAAAAAAUUUGAAAAGUUAAGGAUCAAGUAUGAGAACUCCGAGAAAGAGCUGAAAGUAGUACAGAAAAUUAAAUUAAAUUCCAUUAUGAAGAAGCAGAUAAAAAAGCCUUUGUACCGGACAUCACAGGAAACUCUCGGUUCUGAUUUCUCUUCAGGUGCCACCCUUGCCACUGCUGUAGAGAUUCAAAAUAAUUUGAGCCCAACACAAGGUGGUGUUUCGGAGAAACCUGGCACUAAUGAUGGACAUAUUGAGGGUAAUUCAUCUUUGAAUGAUGCCAAUCUAGAGAAGGCAGAAGAAACAUUUUCAGUGAAGGGUCUCCUGUCUAAAUUGGGAAGGAAGUCUGUUGUUUUUGAUGAGAACCGCCGUGCAACCUAUAACAUUUCCAAUCAACCAGCUGUAAGAUCAGAAUCAGUACUCACGACCUUUGAGUGUGAAAUCAAGCAGCUGGUUGCGGUUGGGCUUCAUGCAGAGUACGCAUAUGCUAGAAGCCUGGCUCGUUUUGCUGCAACUCUUGGACCUGUUGCUUGGAAAGUUGCUUCGCAGAGGAUUGAGCAGGCACUCCCUGGCGGGUGUAAAUUUGGCCGUGGUUGGGUUGGAGAAUAUGAGCCACUUCCGACUCCAGUAUUGAUGCUUGAGAGCCAUAACCAAAAGCAAAGUGGUUUGAUUUCGAUGUAUACUUCUGCUGGUGAAAUGAGGAAGGAUGAUAAAGCCUUUAAGACUCCAGUUAUGAAGGAGCAAACUGUUAGCGGGUCUUUUUCAGAGAGAAGACAAUCUAAGUUUGUUACCGCUAAGGGACCUCAAUCAGAAACCAAACUGUCCACAUUCAGCCCCACUGGGCCUCAGUCAGAAGCCAAACUAUCUGCAUUCAGUUCUACCGGCUUUCAAUCAGAAGUCAAACAAUCUGCAUUCAGCUCUCAUGGCACUCAGUCAGAAGCCAAACCAUCUUCAUUCAGCUGUAAUGGAAUGAAACCCAGUGGCAGUGUGAACGCCAUUUUUCAGCAACAAAAUGCACAUUUGAAAAACUUCUGUAAGCCUGAGAUCAAUUUUCCCAAACAAGUGGAGUUGAACUCCUUACCCACAGCCAAUCAAAGUAAUGCUGAGCUAACUGCCGAAAAACAAUUUUCCAGAAAUCCUGAAGCAGCAGCUUCUAAAUUGAGAGAUACAGCACCAAAGCAUGUGAAUCUUAAACAAUCAUUACCUUUCAAGAUGCCAGAUAGUGAUGUAGUUGUUACUGGAGGCUUACCUCAUGGAAAAGACAUGAGUGCUUCCCUAGAUUCUCGAAGAAACAAUCCCUCUGAUAAUGGUUCCGAUCAAAUAGUCAAAGGGGCAACCCACUUUCUGCAUGGACAGGAGCCAGGUCUUAGGGAUUCAGUACACUCAAUGAAUAUAAUGGAAGACAAGACACAGAAGCAACAGAAAUCUUCAGAUUUAUCAGGAAUUGGUACUCAACAAGUUAUGCCAUUGGCUCCUUCAGUUCGAAGAGAGGACUCAAACAAUGCAGCAGCUGCUGCUGCUCGUGCGUGGAUGUCCAUUGGGGCUGGAGCGUUUAAACAAUCAAUGGAGAAUCCAUGCUCACUGUACAACCCAACUAGGGAAUUUCAGUCCCAAGUUGCACAAUCUAAUGGUGAUUAUCCUGUUUCUGGUGCAAUGCAAUUCCAGCCUGAGAGAAAUAGUACUCAAGUUCCAGGAUUCCUCCCACAACCAUUACGUAUGGGGAAUGAAGCGCACUUUCGUAAUCGGCCUUUAGUUUUUUCUCAAUUAGCUGCAGCUGAUUUGCCCAGGUUCCAGAUGCAGACCCAGUGGCGUGGUCUGAGUCCUCAUGCCCCUGCAAGGCAGAAACAGGAAACCCUUCCUCCAGACUUGAAUAUCGGUUUCCAGUCCCCAGGGUCCCCAGUGAAACAGUCUUCUGGUGUUCUUGUUGAGUCCCAGCAGCCAGACCUGGCUUUACAACUCUGAAUAUGAACAUGUAUUCUGAGGAUGUGGAAAUGAGUAGGGCACAGUUACAGACCUGGGUUUCAUGGCCGCUCCUGUCAUGAGAUGAUGAAUGUUUGAUCUCCGAUGUCUUCCAAUGGUGAAAAUUUGACUAGUCCUCCAACUGAAUGCAAUAAAGAGAUUUGAAUUCAAUGAAGCAUUUGUUCAAGACCAUCAGUAGUCUUAGGUUUGUAAAUGGAGGGAGUGCGUGAAAAGAUCCUAUUGGCCAUUUGUGGUCAUAUGAGUUUACUCCACAUGAAAUGAUUGACCAUGAAUUUGGUGGCUGGUAGCUCUUUUUCGAAUUUCAUAAUUCCAUCUAUUCUAGAGAGUAUCACCGGGUUUCAGCGGCAUGUGUCUAUAUGUUCGAGCUUAUGAAUACAAAAACUUAGGAGUAUUUCGGGAGACUUGCUGAGUUGAUGAUAUAAAAUACCAAUUGCUUAGAAGUUUAAGCUGAUAAGCUAUGCUUAAAAGUCUACCUGAGGCUUUUGUACAUCGUGACAGGUGAUUGAGGAGUUAGUUUUAUAGAUGUUAUUCACCUUUGCUGCCUUAAUGUAAUUGCAUUGAAAAUUCCACUUUAUACCAAUGGUAUUAUAGUGUACAUGUCAACCAUAAAUCUGGAAAAUUGAAAAUUUUCUGCGGCCCCA